UGAUAUGAGUCUUUAUGUAACUAAAUUGUCUAUGACAGAGAAUUGCAAUACCACGAGUAAAAAAUCAACUAAGAUGACAGAAAUUCAUAAAAGUGACAGAACCGAACUUCCAUAUAAUUCACAUUUUUAUGUAGACUUAAUUGACUUUAAAGCUAAAUUUAUCUUUAUCAAAGUGAAACGAAGAAAUUGUGAUUGUGAUAAAAUUUUUAAUCUGUUACAAAGUGAAGAAGACAAUAUUUUACAACGUCUUGCUGCUUUACGAACGAAUUCGAUAUCCACCGAAUUUAGCGACGUAUCAUCUAACAGUUUCGUUUCAAUCGAACCUGCAACUUUAGCCACGCCACAAACAAUGACAUCUAUAUUAGAUCGUCUUGGCACUACAUCUGAAUCAACCACGCCUAUUUAUUUUUAUUCUGGGGCUUUUUCAACUGCACCACAUGAACCCUGGCAAUGUCAUAACCAUUUCGUAUUUUGUGAAUUACUUGGAUUCGGUGGAUACGGUAGAGUUUAUCAUGUGGUUAGCAUAUCUACUGGAAUGGAGUAUGCUCUAAAAGAAAACCGGGGUCGAAAAAAAACACUAGAAUGGGAAGCAAAAAUCAUGAACGAUAUUGGAAAACAUGAUCACAUUGUAAAUUUCUAUAAUGCAUUUGGAUACGUUGGCAAACCUAAUCAGUAUAUUUUAAUGGAACUCUGCGUGUUUGGUUCUAUCCAGGAUAUAAUAACUGAUGGUAGAUUUAAAUUUGAUCACGAAAAUAUCUUAACCCUUAUGUAUCAGAUGGUAUCUGCGCUGGAUCAUAUUCACAGCGCAGGUGUGAUCCAUCUGGAUAUCAAACCAGAGAAUAUUUUAGUCGCAUCCCAUGAGCCACUUUAUUUUAAACUUUCUGACUUUGGACUUUCUGCUUACGUGGCAGAUAAACCGACAGAAUGUUAUGGAACCUUGAAUUACAUGAGUCCAGAAGUCAUCGAGAAUGCUGUAGAAUAUGAUUUUAAGGCAGAUUGGUGGUCGUUAGGUGUAACGAUUGUUGAGUGUAUGUUGGGCUUUAAUCCAUUUAAUGACAACCACAAAGCGAGACAUGAGGAUGACAUGAUGUGGCAGCAGCAAGUGAACAAAAGGGUUUGUGAGGAAAUCGAAGCUGAAAAGGCCGAAUGGUUAAAAGAUCUUUCUUUUGAAG